GGCGGAAGUUACGGAGAAUAAUAUGUUGGACCCGGAGGCUGGUGGGGUGGUAGGUGAGGACCAGGGGAACCCUAUUCCUAGUGGGGUGGCAGGAGGAUGGAGUGAGAGCAGAUGUACGUGAAAUGGGGGAGAUGCGUUUAAGAGCAGAGUUGAUAGUGGAGGCAGGGAAGCCCCUUUCUUUAAAAAAAGGAAGACAUCUCCCUCGUCCUAGAAUGAAAAGCCUCAUCCUGAGAGCAGAUGCGGCAGGAGACGGAGGUAUUGCGAGAAGGGGAUGGCGUUUUUGCAAGAGACAGGGUGAGAAGAGAAAUAGUCCAGAUAGCUGUGAGAGUCAGUAGGCUUAUAGUAGACAUCAGUGGAUAAGCUGUCUCCAGAGACAGAGACAGAAAGAUCUAGAAAGGGGAGGGAGGUGUCGGAAAUGGACCAGGUAAACUUGAGGGCAGGGUGAAAGUUGGAGGCAAAGUUAAUAAAGUCAACGAGUUCUGCAUGCGUGCAGGAAGCAGCGCCAAUGCAGUCGUCGAUGUAGCGAAGGAAAAGUGGGGGACAGAUACCAGAAUAGGCACGGAACAUAGAUUGUUCCACAAACCCAACAAAAAGGCAGGCAUAGCUAGGACCCAUACGGGUGCCCAUAGCUACACUUUAGUUUGGAGGAAGUGGGAGGAGCCAAAGGAGAAAUUAUUAAGAGUAAGGACUAAUUCCGCUAGACGGAGCAGAGUGGUGGUAGAGGGGAACUGAUUAGGUCUGGAAUCCAAAAAGAAGCGUAGAGCUUUGAGACCUUCCUGAUGGGGGAUGGAAGUAUAUAAGGACUGGACAUCCAUGGUGAAAAUAAAGCGGUGUGGGCCAGGGAACUUAAAAUCAUCAAAAAGUUUAAGAGCGUGAGAAGUGUCACGAACAUAGGUCGGAAGGGAUUGAACAAGGGGUGAUAAAACCGUGUCGAGGUAUGCAUAAACGAGUUCGGUGGGGCAGGAGCAAGCUGAGACAAUAGGUCGGCCAGAACAGGCAGGAAAUGUGAUGUGUUGAAUCGAGGUUUAUCGGGAUAUAACACCAGAUGGGCUCUGACUGUUAUGCCAAAGAUUAUUACUCAACCUCCUGAGCAAAGCACCAUCGCAGCUGUUGUAAUCUUUUUUGGAGCUAAUGACUCUGCUUUGAAAGAUGUCAACCCGGUGCAGCACAUUCCUCUGACUGAAUAUGCCGAAAACCUGAGACACUUAAUCCAGUACCUGAAAUCUAUAGGUAUUUGUGAAGAAAAGGUGAUCCUGGUAGCCCCACCUCCACUGGAUGAGUCAGCCUGGGAAAAGGCAUGCAUUGCCAAGGGUAAUAAAUUGGACAGAUAUAAUUCAGUAACCAAGGAGUACGCUCAGGCUUGUGUCAAAGUAGCAACAGAAUGUGGAACUGGUGUGCUUGAUCUCUGGACUUUGAUGCAAAUUGGGGACUUUUCCUCCUAUCUUUUGGAUGGAUUACAUUUAUCAGAAAAAGGAAGCAGAUUUCUUGAAACUCAUUUGUGGCCUAUGCUGGAAAAGAGAACAGAAAAUCUGCCGAUGAUCUUCCCAAACUGGAGGGAUAUAGAUCACCUGAACUGCCAAGCAAGUCUAUUGCUAUAAUUUAACACUGCAAGGUUUCCACAUAUUCUUUUGCAUUAAUCCAAUGAGAGGUUAGCCAAUAGGAAAUAGACCUGAUUUUAUUAACAUUGCCUGAGCUAUUACUACAAGGCCACACAAUGUCAUUCUUAGGAUUAUUAUUCUAUUGAACUACAGUAUGCAUUGGGAAAAUAAUAUACACAGAGAAAACUAUCAUUUAGACAAUUGGUGCAUGUUUUAGAGAUCCAAGCCAAAUGAAUUCUACCUCCUAUAUCUAACAUUUUUAUAUGCUAUAACUUACAACAAAUACUCAUGGACUACUCUGGUGAAAACCCAAAACUGUAUAACAUCAAAAGACCCAAGCAGCAGCACCGGUUUCGUUUUGUUUGACUAUCCUUUGGCCGUUGAUUUUACUAAUAGAGCCCAGUACAGGAAAUAUAUCAGGCAUCCUCACUGAAGAGGAUCAAUUAACACAGCUGUGUUUUGAGGACAUCUGUCUCUGUCUUUGUCUCUAUUCCAACCAAACCCAGUAAAAGGACAAGUGAACCAGGUAGGGUUCAUUGGUUCACUAGCAGGUUGUUAUUUUUCUGAUCAAGAUUAAAAGAAUGCAAGUUUUAAAAAUAAAGCAUUCAUCUAAAGUACUUCUGCUAAUAUUGAAAAAGGGGACAAGAAAUGUUAGUAAUACAUUAAAACCUGCAAAAUCAUCAAAAUAAACUGAUACUAGUUAAUUGAGAACAAAACAGCCUGGUGUGCCUCUUAGCUGCCUGCACUGUUUUGAACUUUCAGCAAAAUGGGGGAAAAAAUUGCUGCUGCGAGCUUUUCCUUGGUUUUAUUGUUCAUAUUUCCAUUCAAGUUUGUACACUUUUGAUACCAAACUAUUAUUCAGUCAUCCCAUUUCAACACAUUUUAGAGUGGUGGGUUGACUACUGAGAUGUAACUAAAAGAAGAGGUUGAAUCUCAAGCCAAUGAUGAACAGAGAGAACUACAGUAUUAGCACCCUGUAAAAGAACAAGAUCAGCUGUCCUUUUGAAAACAAAUCUCUCAACGUCAGUUGUGCUUUGAGGAUUACUAUCAAGAUAUGUCCAGAAUGAACACAUUUGGACCCUUGGUACACUGUCCAUGUUACUGACCCAAUAUUUCACAAUCAACGAAAGUUUAUCAGUCUCAGCUCAUGUCACUUACAAGAUCAGUCUUGCACUGAUCCGGUAAGUCUGACAUCAGUAGUGGGAAAGUUAAUGAAAGGUAUUCUGAGGGACUGGACAUACAAGUAUUUAGAUAGACAUAGGCUGAUUAAGGAUAGUCAGCAUGGCUUCGUGCAUGGUAGGUCGUGUCUAACCAGUCUUAUAGAGUUUUUCAAGGAAGUUACCAAGAAAAUUGUUGAAGGCAAGGCAGUGGAUGUUGUCUACAUGGACUGUUGUAAGGCAUUGAGGGCAUUGAGGAAUGCAGUAGAACAGAGUGAUCUAGGAAUAAUGGUGCAUAGUUCUCUGAAGGUGGAAUCUCAUGUGGAUAGGGUGGUGAAGAAAGCUUUUGGUAUGCUGGCCUUUAUAAAUCAGAGCAUUGAGUAUAGGAUUUGGGAUGUAAUGUUAAAAUUGUACAAGGCACUGGCGAGGCCAAAUGUGGAGCAUUGUGUACAGUUCUGGUCACCGAAUUAUAAGAAAGAUGUCAACAAAAUAGAGAGAGUACAGAGGAGAUUUACUAGAAUGUUACCUGGGUUUCAGCACCUAAGUUACAGAGAAAAGUUGAACAAGUUGGGUCUUUAUUCUCUGGAGAGUAGAAGGUUGAAGGGGGGACUUGAUAGAGAUAUUUAAAAUUAUAAGGGGGAUAGAUAGGCUUUUUCCAUUGAGAGUAGGGGAGAUUCAAACAAGAGGGCAUGAGUUGAGAGUUAAGGGGCAAAAGUUUAGGGGUAACACGAGGGGGAACUUCUUUACUCAGAGAGUGGUAGCUGUGGAACGAGCUUCCAAUAGAAGUGGUAGAGGCAGGUUCGAUUUUGUCAUUAAAAAAAAAAUUGGAUAGGUAUAUGGACAGGAAAGGAAUGGAGGGUUAUGGGCUGAGUGCAGGUAGAUAGGACUAGGUGAGAGUAAGCGUUCGGCACGGACUAGAAGGGCCGAGACGGCCUGUUUCCGUGCUGUAAUUAUUAUAUGGUUAUAUUAGACAAGGUCCCGCAUGGAAGGUUAGUUAAGAAGGUUCAGUUGCUUGGCAUUCGAGAUGAGGUAGUAAAUUGGAUUAAACAUUGGCUUUAUGGGAGAGGGUUGCCUCUCUGACUGGAGGCCUGUGAUUAGUGGAGUGCCACAGGAAUUGGUGCUGGGUCAGUUGCUGAUUUUCAUCUACAAUUUCAAGAAAAAGUUUGUAAACCCUUUGCAAUUACCUGGUUUCUGCAUUAAUUAUUCAUUAAAUGUGGUCUGAUCUUCAUCUAAGUCACAAUAACAGACACAAACAAUUGUACUUUCAAUGUCUGUUAAACACAUCGUUUAAUCAUUCACAGUCCAGGCUGGAAAAAAAUAUGUGAACCCUUGUAUUUAAUAACUGGUAAGACCUCCUUUAGCAGCAAUAACCUCCACCAAAUGUUUCCUCUAGCUGCUGAUCAGACUUGUACAAUGGCAAGGAAGUAUUUUAGACCAUUCCUCCAUAUAAAACUGUUUCAGUUCAAUAAUAUUUCUGGGAUACUUUGCAUGAACAGCCCUCUUCAUGUCAUGCUGCAGCAUCUUAAUUGGGCUAAGAUCUGGACUCUGACUUGGCUGUUCCAAAUCACAAGUUUUCUUAUUUUUAAACCAUUCUAUUGUUGAUUUACUCUUGUUUCAGAUCAUUGUCUUGUUGCAUCAUCCAACUACUAUUAAGCUUCAGGUGAUGGACUGCAACCCUGACAUUUUCCUGUAAAAUGUCUUGAUACAGUUUUGAAUUCAUUGUUCCCUCAACGAUUGCAAGCUGUCCAAACCCUGAGGCAGCAAAGCAGCCCCAAAUCUCUACCAUCCUUCACACUUGGGAUGACGUUUUGGUGUUGAUGUGCAGUGCCCUUUUUUCCCUCUAAAGAUAGCAGUAUGCAUUUCUGCCAGAAAGUUCAACUUUUGUUUCAUCUGUCCACAGAACAUUGUCCCAGAAGUAUUGUGGAACAUCCAAGUAGUCUUGAGACAUGCCGCAAUGUUUUUGUUUUGGAGAGCAGUGAUUUCCUCUGCGAUGGCCUUCUAUGAACACCAUUCUUGUUCACUGUUUUUCUUAUAGUGGACACAUGAUAGAUUUUAGCAAAUUCGAGAGAUUUGUGUUACCCUUGGGUUCUUUUUUCCCUUUAGCUUCUUUACAGGAUGUCCACUCUGAGGGAGAGUAGCAACAAUACUGGGAUUCCUCCAUUUGUGGACAAUUUCUCUGACUGUGGACUGAUGAAUAUUCAGGUCUUUAGAAAUGUUUUUGUAGCCUUUUCUAGCUUCAUGCAUUUUACAAUUCUUCUUCUAAGGCCCUCUGAAAGUUGUUUUGAUCGAGGCAUGGUGCACCUAAACAGAUCUUUCUUGAGAAGAGUACAGUAACCUGACUUUGUCUUUUUUAUAGGGCAGGGCACCUCGACAACCCAAUUUUAUCUCAUUGAUUGGAACACCUAACAAAUAGGUUUUGGAGAAGGCAUUACUCACAUACUUUUUGGAAACUAGAGUUGUGAUUGUUUAAAUGGUGUGCUCAGUUUUGACAAGUAGUACAAUUGUUUGUGUGUUAAUAGUUUUGGCAGAUUGCGUUUGGCUAUUAUUGUGCCUCAGAUGAAGAUCAGACCACAUUUUAUGACCAGAAAACCAGGUAAUUGCAAAGGGUUCACAAACUUUUUCUUCCAACUGUACAUCAACAAUCUGGUUAACUGCACCAGCAAAUUUGCAGAUGACACCAAGAUUGGAAAAAGGUAGUGGACAGCAAGGAAGGCUAUAAUGGCUUGCAGCAGGACUGGACCAGCUGAAAAAUGGCAGUGAUGCAUACAGGCUCAAUUUCAACACUUAAGAGAAGUUUGAAAAGGUACAUGAUGGUAGGGGUAUGGAGGGCUAUGGUCCUGGUGCAGGUCGAUGGGAGUAGGCAGUUUAAAUGGUUCAGCGUGGACUAGAUGGGCCAAAGGGCCGUGUUCUGUGCUGUACUUUUCUAUGAGUCUAUAACCAGAGGGUUUAAUAAGAUUAGAGGCCUACAAUUCAGCAAAAUACCACACGUCAUGUAAAUGCAUUACACUUAAAAAUGGAAAGAAUGGUUGACACAGAUUGCUAUUUUUAAUCAGUGGCCCAGAAUUUCCUGGGAGUAGCUUGCUGCUUUCUUACCUAGUAGGCAUGCAUUUAUCAACAGCAAUCCUUCCAGUGGCAAUUUCCUUAAUGACAUACAUUGCACAUAAUCAUUUUUACCCUGUCUGCAUUAGGAAAGCAACCAGAACUGUGCAGAAACUGCCUACUAGUUUAUUUAUUGAAAUACAGCGCAUUACAUGCCUUUCGAGCCAUGCCACGCAGCAAUCCCCCAAUUUUUUAGGCAUCUGUUAGUCUUGUGAGACCAUGUCUUUGCGCCUUGGAAGGUUUCCAGGGCGCAGGCCUGGGCAAGGUUGUAUGGAAGACUGACAUUUGCCUAUGCUGCAAGUCUCCCCUCUCCACGCCUCCAGUGUUGUCCAAGGGAAGGGCACUAGGGCCGAUACAGCUUGGCACCGGUGUCGUCGCAGAGCAGUGUGUGGUUAAGUGCCUUGCUCAAGGACACAACAUGCUGCUUCAGCGGAGGCUCGAACUAGCGACCUUCAGAUCACUAGACCGAUGCCUUAACCACACUCCAACAAUCCCCCUAUUUAACCCAGGCAUAAUCAUUGGACAACUUACUAUGACCAACUAACCUACCAACCGGUAUGUCUUUCAGUUAGUGGGAGGAAACACGCGGAGAAUGUACAAACUCCUUAUGGCUAGUGGCCAUUCAAGGUGGCACAGCUCCAACUCGACUGUACUCUGUUAUGGGUGUCUGCCAGAUGCUCUGGUCGUCACCCAUAUUUCCUCUGACCAUAAGUGGUAAAAGAUGAGCAAGUAAGAAAGUAAGUUGCAUAACUACAGGGCACAUAACAGGGUGAUUAGCAUUGGUAAUCAACAUUUUGUGGAAUUUUGCAUGUCCUUACCUGCACAAGAGUUCCAAGCUUACUGAUAUUACAGACAUUUC